AUGAAUCACCAAGACAAGAAAGUGAUAAUCGUUGGCGCAGGUGUCUUUGGUCUGAGUACCGCUCUGCAUAUGAGUCGAAGGGGUUACAAGGACAUUACAAUCUUCGAUCUUCAACCAUACCAUGAAAAUUCGUACGAUCCUGCUCAAGGUUGUGAUGCAGCUUCAGCCGAUGUAAACAAGAUAUAUCGGUGCAGUUAUGGAGAAGAAAUCGAAUAUCAGAAUCUAGCCCUUUCUGGUAGGAAAGUUUGGCAAUCUUGGAACGAUCAAAUCGCUUCUUCCUCUCAAACCGAUCUACCACCCGCGUUAACGCCCAAAACUCAGCUUUACGUCAAUAAUGGAUUUCUACGAAUCAGCACGCAUAGUGAAUUGAGUGAGUACGAUAAUGUGAGCUUGGAAUACCUCGAAAAGGCAGAUUUGAGAAAAUAUCAAACCGUUAGAACAAACAAAGAAGACCGUGCACGAUUGGCAAAGCUUGAUAAAGAACAACCUGGACAGAAUUGGAUGCACAAAUUAGAUCUAUUCAAGGAUCGACUUGAUCCUGAUAAUGGAAAACCUCUUGAUGGGUUUUUGGAUGUCACAGGAGGUUUCACAAGAGCUGAUAAGGCUUGUGCUUGGGUCCUGCAUCUAUGCAAAAAAGCAGGCGUGAAAUUUGUACUUGGAAAACAGGAAGGAAAACUAUCCAAACUCCUCGAGGAGAAAGACAGUUCCGGUGGCAAAGUAAUGAAAGGUAUACAAACGGCUGAUGGGAAACAACAUCUGGGUGAUUUGGUGAUUGUUGCAGCAGGAGGAUGGACACCUUCAAUCGUUCCAGAUAUGAACAGGUUAUUGGAAACAACAGCUGGAUCAGUUGCAACUGUUCAAUUACCGAAAAAUCGUCCGGAUCUGUGGGAUAAGUAUUCUCCGGAAAAGUUCCCCGCAUUGGCCUUUGGUUUGACUGGGCACAACUCCCCCGUGUAUGGAGGUCUAUACGGCUUUCCUAGAACUGAAGAUGGACUCAUCAAAAUCGGAUACCGAGGGAGGAAAUGGACCAACUACGAAACCUCUCCGAUCAAUGGACAACGAGUAUCGAUGCCUCGGACUGCUUUCUCUGACGAUCCAAUUCAUCAUGUCCCUAAAUUGGCCAUUGAUUCUCUUCGGACCUUCAUCGAAACGUUCUGGUCAGACUUGACAGAACUGGGCAUAACCAAAACAAGAUUAUGUUGGUAUACCGAUUCGAACGAUAACAACUUCGUAAUUGACUAUGUACCCGGAUAUAACAAAAGUUUGUUUGUCUGCUCUGGUGGAUCAGGACAUGGAUUCAAGUUCCUUCCAGUGUUAGGUGACCAUGUUGUAAACCAGGUUGAAGGUAAACAAGAUCAAUUUACCAAUUUAUGGAAAUACCGUAAACCGUCCGAGACCGAAACACAUGUAAAUGGAUUAGAUGAAGGAGAAGCAGGAGAUCGUGUUUUAGCUAAAUUACAAUUAGCUCAGAAUGAAGAUUGGACAUGGAAAGAAAAAGCAUUGGAAACCAUUGAGAGUUUGAGUAAUGCUGUUAGAGCUAAGUUGUGA